AUGAGGCUGAGGUUAUUUUCGUUGUCUCUGACUGGGGAGGCGACAAACUGGUUGAAUGAAUUGCCAGAUGACUCAAUUAGGACUUGGGCCGAACCAAAGGAAGCAUUAUUGGAAAGGUUUUUCCCUGAAGCCAAAGAUCUACAAAUGAAGGAUGAGAUAGGGACUCACAAGCAACUACCAGGGGAAGAAAUGCAUGACACUUGGUGGAGAUUCAGCCAAAAGCUGAAGAAGUGCCCAAACCAUGGCCUCACCGAAAAACAUUUAAAGCAGGCAUUCUAUAGAUCACUUAAUUUUGUUACUAAACCUAUUAUUGAUGCAGUGUGUGGAGAAUCAUUCAUGAGGAAGCUAUUCCUGGAGAUUAUGAUAUUAAUGGUCUCUAAGAACAAUAGAGCAUGGCACACCAGAGCUGCUGAGGUAGGGGAUCUUGGGUUCACAUUUGAGCUCUCAACUGAGCAAAAGAAGUGGGAAGAACAAAAGAACCAGGAUAUGGCCCACAUGAGGAAUCAGAUGGAUCUCCUCACAAAACAUAUCAUGUCAGGUUCAGAGAAGGUAAAUAUUGUCGGUGCUUUAAACAGGUAUGAAAAUGAAGACAACGACUUAGAUGAGGAGGCCAAAUACUUGGGUGGGAGCUACCAAAGAGAGGGGAAAUAUGAAAGGUCAAGAAACCGAGAGCAAGGAAACUGGAAGAACAUAGAUGGGUACAAAAACUGCAGUGGUGUGUGCAUACCUUCACGUAAUAGAGAUCGAGCGAGGAAUAGUUCCAAUGGGUCCAAAAUGGAGGAAAUGUUGGCUAAGAUGCUUCAAAAGGUUGAAUCAACUGAUGCAGGCAUCAAAGAAAUGAAGAGUAAUUUCUCUAGUAUGAGUCAACUGGUGGAUUCUCACACCACUUCCAUCAAACAAUUGGAACAACAGUUGGGACAAUUGUCAGUUUUGCUCAAUCCGAGAAAGAAUGGUUCACUACCUAGUGAAACUAUUCAAAAUCCAAAAAAGGAUGGACAGUGA